GUGGGGCUGUGCUCCGCGGAGCCGGUCGUGCUGCCCGGCCCCGCCCCGCCUGCAGGCUCAGCCGUCGGAGGCCAGUGGGAUGGCCAGGCCGUGCUCAGCUGCCUGCUGGCGUCCCUGGGUGGGGCCUCCCCGGCUCCUCGCCUCCUCGCCCCCUCGCCCCAGGGGGCUGCUUUCCACCCACUGGGACACGGCUGCCACGGGGACGUGCUGCAUCUGCAGCUCAGCGCGGUGACGGAAGUGCCUGAUGGAGAGGCCUGCGGGCUGGACGACACCGAGCCCUAUUUCAUCGGGAUCUUCUGCUUCGAGGCAGGAAUCAAGAUCAUCGCGCUGGGCUUUGUGUUCCACAAGGGCUCCUACCUGCGCAACGGCUGGAACGUCAUGGACUUCGUGGUGGUCCUCACAGGGAUCCUCGCCACGGCCGGAACCGACUUCGACUUGCGAACGCUGCGGGCCGUGCGUGUGCUGAGGCCUCUGAAGCUGGUGUCUGGGAUUCCAAGUCUGCAGGUGGUGCUCAAGUCCAUCAUGAAGGCCAUGGUGCCGCUGCUGCAGAUCGGGCUGCUGCUCUUCUUUGCCAUCCUCAUGUUCGCCAUCAUCGGCCUCGAGUUCUACAUGGGCAAGUUCCACAAGGCCUGCUUCCCCAACAGCACAG